UGUAAUAAAAACCUGGGCAAGAAGUAUGUGUUCGACAUCCGACGCACCUCCAAGGAGGUUUACAACCACGCCCGCCGCUCGCUCUACAACUCCGGUGUCGUGGACCUGGUGAAUGGCAGCGACGGACGCUCAUCUCCUUCACGCUCCCCGAGCCGGGACGACCAGCCGGACGACGGGAUGUACUGCGGCAGCUGCCAGCAGGGCCGAGCCCUGCAGGAGCGGCUGCAGAAGCUCAGAGAGGCCCUGUUGUGCAUGCUUUGCUGCGAGGAGGAGAUAGAUGCUGCGUUCUGCCCCUGCGGACACAUGGUGUGUUGCCAGGCCUGUGCAAAUCAGCUGCAGAUGUGUCCCGUGUGUCGGUCGGAGGUGGAGCACGUGCAGUACGUCUACCUGCCCACCUGCACCAGCCUGCUGAACCUGACGCUGACCGACAACCACCAACACCGCAGCAGCAUCCCCGCGCCCAUUCACAGAGUAAUGGCCUCUCCUCACAGCUGCUCUACAACAGAGUACGACCACAAGAUCUACCAUGCAUAGAGACAACUUCACCGGACACUCAUCUUAGAAGGAACAUUUAUAGUCCGUCUGUGUUUCCUGCCUGGACUCCUUGAACUACCAAACAUAUAGAAACUCCUGAGCAUAUUCAAAGAUCGACACACUCAAACCCCUCCCUCAAUAAGUGUGUGUGUGUUUUAAUGUUAUUUACCAUCGUCCCUUUGGACGUCAGUUUGUCUGAGUGAUUGUUAGUAUUGUUGCUAUUGGUUUGCAUGUCAUUCUGUCCAGAUCUUGUUUGUUUUAUACAGCCCCUGCCACAAGAUUUAGUUUUUAGUUUAGGCUCUCGUUGUCUUUAAAUUAUUGCAUCAGUUGACCUGAUAGAGAAUAGACACAUUUGUUUUUGAAUUUGUGUGUCAGGCUCCUCGCCCCUGAACCUGAACCAUAUGAUGACUCUUGUGUUUUAGAAUAGCUAAACACUGUACAUAAUGGAGGUUUUUUUAGAUAUAUUUUUAAUGCUUCCUGACAUUUUAAAGCUUAUGUUUUUGAUUUGAGAGCUGAGUUUUAUUGUGUAAGAGUGAAAUGCUUUUUUUCUUUAUUAAGAAAUAUUAUUUCAUUUCUUGUUUGUCAUGUUCCAUGUUGUCCACGUCAAUAAGGGGGUAUUUAGAGGCUAAGCAGCGCUGCUCUGGGUAUAGCAUUGCAUACUAAUAAGAUACACCAGGCACUAAGACCACCAUGGUCCCAUUCUUGUGGUCUCUCAGUUCAAUGGGGCUCUUGAAGGUUUUUGUUUUUUUUGAGCCCACCAGAACUGUGAGCUUGAACAUGAAUGCAGCAUCUUGCUGACACUCACACAGCCUCCUUCACCUUGGAACGGGUAUUGUUGAUUAACUGUCACUUGUCCAAAACAACAAGCCUGAUUUCAUAGACUGAUGCACCUUUUAUCUCAAUGCCAACAAAGUAAAAAAUGAUGAGCACAAAAUGCUCUUCUACUAGAUGCAGUACCACAACGUUAUAAACAAAGACAAAUAGGAAUGUGUCCAACAGCAGCUGCUUCCUCUGAAAACCUCCGCUGUAGAUUUCUCCUCUGGGGUGUACUAGUGAGUUGAUCAUUUUUAAAGGGUACAAGGAGAUUUGUCUGUGCAAUACUUGCUUGCUUUUUGAAAAGCUUUUCAUUUUCAAGUUUUAUUUAAUUUCAAAGACUAUAUUUAAGUAAAAAAACAUUUUUUGUUGUGUUAUCUGAAAGCAAUUGUACUCAACACCCUAUUACUUGGAAAUAGGAACCAACUAGGCCAGUGGUUCCCAACC